AUGUCUGCUUGCAACACUUUCACUGAACACGUCUGGAAACCUGGUGAAUGUAAGAACUGCUUCAAGCCUAAAAGCUUGCAUCAGUUACCCCCAGUAUCUGAAAAAAAAACCCUCUCGCAUGGAAAUCUGAAAACCAAUGCAAACCAAAGUACCAGCCAUCGCGGGAGAAAUACAGGAAAUUUCCGACCGCCUGUGGCAAAGAAACCCACUAUAGCUGUGAAACCCACCAUGAUGGUAGUAGAUGGGCAGGGUGUAUGUGGCGAAAUCAGCACUCCGGAUCAUUGUGAGAAUAAAUCGGUGCCUGCAGGUUGGAACCGAAACAAAGCUGUCUUGAACAAAAAACCACUGAACAAUAAUAACGAAGAUGAAAUUGAAGGCUAUGGCCAUCUUCAUAGGCCUUAUGGCAACAAUGAUGGUGUAAGUAAGAUACCCAGUAACAACAAUAACGGACUGACAGAAGUUUUGAAGGAGAUUGCGGGUUUGGAUACCACACCUCAGCUAACUGGAAAUGAAACAAACUCAAGAGAAACCUUCUUGGGAAGAAUAAAUAAUUGUUACAAAAGGUCGUUAGAAAGAAAGAUCCCUCCAAGCUGCAUGAUGGGUGGAAUGAAGGAUUCACACGGUAAGCACGUUAUUCUGAGCGGAAGCACUGAAGUCAUAAGUAAUGAAGGUGGACGUUUCUGUUACCCAGAGUUCUCUAGCGGAGAUGAGAGUGAGGAUGACACGUUUUUUGGCAGCAUGCAAGAAGAGCAUGAGAGCUGGGAUGAAAGUGAUGAGGAGUUGCUAGCAAUGGAAAUUCGUAUGAGGGGCCAACCUCGCUUUGCUAAUUUUAGAGCUAACACCCUAUCUCCUGUUCAAUUCUGCGUUGACAAGAAAUGGAAUACUGUGCCCCUUAGAAACAAAUCUCUCCAGCGGAUCUGUGCAGUGGAUUAUGAUGACAGUUACGAUGAAAUUUUAAAUGGUUAUGGGGAAGAGACUGUGAUUCUUUAUGGGCAAGAGAGCAUGCAGAGCAUGGUAUCUUCUGAUUCUACAUCUCCCGACUCUUCUUUGACAGAAGAGUCUCGUUCUGGAACAACCAGCAGUUCUUCACAGAAGCUCUGUAACGGAGGGUUAUCUCCUAGUACUCCUCAGGACCUCAAAUUGAUUGAACCAGAAUAUGAAAGUCUUUGUGAUAAUCAACAAGUGAAGGAUGUGUCAAAAGCUCCCCGAAACGUUCCGAAAAGUCUGGAAACUCACAAGGCGGUCCUUGCGCUUCGCCUGGAAGAGAAGGAUGGCAAAAUUGCUGUGCAAACUGAGAAGCAAGAGAAUAAAAGUCCUUCAGAUGUUGCUGGUCAAGCUGUAACUAUAAAUUUGGUGCCUGUGGAAGAGCAAGCGAAACCUUACAGGGUGGUGAACAUGGAACAACCAGUUUGUAAGCCAUAUACUAUAGUAGAUGUAUCAGCUGCCAUGACCAGUGAAUGUAAGGAGAAUCAGACUGAAACCUCAGAAACCAAAAAUACAUCAUCUCACCCAAGCUCACCAGUAACUCCAGGCACACCUACUACAUCCUCUGCAGCAUCACCUGUACGAGUAAAUGCUAAUCUGAAAAAAUCCAGUGCAAUCCGAUACCAAGAAGUGUGGACCUCUAGUACUAGUCCAAGGCAGAAGAUACCUAAGGUGGAGUUAAUUGCUAACAGCCCAGGACCUUCUGUUCCUCCCAGGAAGACAAGCCACAAGUCAGCGCCUACUUCACCUACAGCUACAAACGUUUCCUCAAAAACUAUCCCGGUUAAGUCUCCCAAUUUGUCUGAGAUAAAAUUCAACAGCUACAAUAAUGCUGGCAUGCCACCUUUUCCUAUUAUCAUCCACGAUGAGCCCACUUAUGCUAAGAGCUCCAAAAAUGCUAUUAAAGUUCCUAUUGUAAUCAAUCCAAAUGCAUAUGAUAACCUGGCUAUCUAUAAAAGCUUUCUAGGGACCAGCGGAGAGCUAUCUAUCAAAGAUAAAACUACUAGCGUAAUAAGCCACACCUAUGAAGAAAUAGAAACAGAAAGCAAAGUGACUGAAGCCAUAGGAAGUAAACCCACCGAAUUUUCCCAGGCGAAGGGCGUGACUCCUAGCUCUGAAUGCAGGCUGGGUUCUGUGGCUCAGAAGGUCCAAGAGUUUAAUAGCUGUCUCAGUAAAAGUCAGAUAUCGCCACAGAGAAGUCAUAGUUCUGACCACAGCUCCCCAUCAAGAGUUCAAAAGACAACCCAAGAGCCUGCAGCAAAAGUAGACGUAACACCAGAGGCUUCUGUUGGCAGCAGUAGCAGCGGUAGAGAGAAUGCAAGCACGGUGCUGUCACAAAUUGUGGCUUCUAUCCAGCCUCCCCAGUCUCCUCCAGAAACACCUCAGUCUGGACCCAAGUCUUGUAGCGUAGAAGAACUGUAUUCCUUACCCCCUGAUGCAGAUGCUACUAAAAACACCCUGGUACGACCCAAAUCUCUGUUUACGUCACAGUCUGAAAUGGAGUCAUCUAAGACGGUGGAAAACACUGCCGCUAAAAUGCAGAAAGAUUCGCUUUCACAGCCAGUUGCCACUCAGUCUCCAAAGCUCCCGAGAGCCACCUCAAACACCACGAGUCCCAAAACAGAGCAAGCACCGCCAUUUCCUCCUCCACGGUCCACUUCUUCACCCUAUCACGCAAGUAACUUGUUGCAAAGACAUUUCAGCAACUGGACCAAACCAAACAGUCCCACCAGGUCGACAGAGGCUGAGUCAAUCCUUCAUUCGGAAGGUCGGCGAGCUGCUGACGCGAAACCCAAACGCUGGAUAUCGUUUAAGAGCUUCUUCCGCCGCAGGAAAACUGAUGAUGAGGAAGACAAAGAGAAAGAAAGAGAGAAAGGAAAAUUGGUGGGUCUCGAUGGAACCGUCAUACAUAUGCUCCCCCCUCCACCAGUUCAGCGUCAUCACUGGUUCAGUGAGGCAAAGUCAGACUCCAGUGAGAAGCCGUCGAUUGUUUUUAUGUAUAGAUGUGAACCGGCACAAGCUGAACCAAAGGCUGAUCAUCAAAGCAAGAGCGGAGUGGAGGCUGCUAUCGCAGAUGCGCUAGCAAAAGACAAAGGAGAAACGCAGGAAAAGUCUCCAGAGAGCUCUGAACAGAAAAUCACGAGCCAUUCAUCACCACCUCAGAUUCCCAAGAAAAUCCCCAGUCAAGUGCCCGAUGAUACAACACUGGAGGAUUUAUCCCCACGUGUUCCUCGAGCCGUGUUUGUGAAGCAGGACAAUGGCGGCAGUGCCUCGGUCAUACCAGUAUCGUCUGCCCGUGUCCCACAAGGGGAGGAAGAAAAGGAAGAAGCUUCAAAUUCUCCUGACUUGAAUCCUUGCAGUGCUACAUACAGCAAUCUAGGACAGUCCAGAGCAGCCAUGAUACCUCCAAAACAGCCGAGGCAACCGAAGGGAGCUUUGGAUGAUGCCAUUGCCUUCGGAGGACUAGUAGACCAGGAAACAAUGAACAACUUGCAGCCAACACCACCUCCACUGCCAAAGAAAACAAUUUUGAGAGCUAACACAGAGCCGACUCCCAGGGAUCUCCAGAAGCAGGCUCUGGAGAACAACCUGUGCAUCGUGGCCAAUCCCACCUAUGAUAUCGACACCAACUGGGAAGCAAGCAGCGCCUGCUCUUCAGCCAGCCUGGAGCUCAAGGUACUGGACAAUGAGUCAGGAGAUUCCUUGGACAGGCCUACAGAAAAACUAAGGGCAACCACCUCAGCAACUAACAGUGUUUCCAGCCUAACCACUAUCAGUAUUAAGGACCGCUGUUCCAAUAGCAUGGAGUCUCUAGCAGGGAGACGCAUCUCGCAGACUAAGCAGGGCAAAGGUGUCCAGAAGCCACAAAGGCAAGCACUUUAUCGAGGAAUUGAGAACCGAGAAGAGGUGGUUGGUAAAAUCCGAAGCCUUCAUGCUGAUUCACUGAAGAAGCUGGCACUUAAAUGUGAAGACUUGUUCAUGGCUGGACAAAAAGACCAGCUGCGAUUCGGGGUGGACAGCUGGUCGGAUUUCAGGCUAACCAGUGACAAGCCGUGCUGCGAGGCAGGCGAUGCAGUUUACUACCCAGCUUCUUAUGCAAAAGAUCCUCUCAACAAUUAUGCAGUCAAGAUUUGCAAGAGUAAAGCUAAGGAAUCCCAGCAGUAUUAUCACAGCCUAUCUAUCCGGCAGAGUCUGGCUAUCAACUUUAACAUCCAGCAGGACUGUGGCCAUUUCCUUGCUGAAGUGCCAGUUCGUCUCCUUCCAUGGGAGGAUGCUGAUGCACCAGAGGCGGAAGAAGAGGAGCAGGAAGAAGAGGAGGAAGAGCCUGAGCAAAAGAACAGGGACACUCCUUCCAGUACAGAGGCUUCACAGAAAGACAGCUCAAGCAACCAGGGGACCAUCAGCAAGCCACGCAGCCGUGUUGUGGUCAUCACUCGGGAGGUCCCAUACUUAACGGUGGCCGACUUUGUGCGAGAAUCUGCACCCCGCCAUGCAAAAAGCCCAGAUUUGUAUGAGAGGCAGGUCUGUCUACUCCUUUUACAGCUGUGUUUGGGCCUGGAGCACCUGAAACCCUAUCAUAUCACACACUGUGAUCUGCGGUUAGAGAACCUGCUGCUGGUUCAUUCCAGACCAGGAGGCAGCCCUCUGAGCUCUGAGUCCAUGGAGCCCAGUCCCAACACUGCUUGCCCAGCCAGAUUAAUAGUGAGCAAUUUCUCCCAGGCCAAGCAGAAGAGUCAUAUGGUGGAUCCUGAGGUCCUACGGGAUCAGUCCCGCCUGGCUCCAGAAAUCAUCACUGCAACACAGUACAAAAAGUGUGAUGAGUUCCAGACUGGCAUCCUCAUCUAUGAAAUGCUGCACUUACCCAAUCCCUUUGAUGAGAAUCCAGAGCUGAAGGAGAAGGAGUAUACUCGUGCUGAUCUCCCCAAGAUCCCUUGCCGUUCCCUCUACUCGCAAGGGCUUCAACAACUUGCCAGCUGCCUGCUGAAUCCCAACCCUUCAGAGAGGAUCCUGAUAUCAGAAGCCAAGGGAAUCCUUCAGUGUCUGCUUUGGGGUCCACGUGAGGACUUGUUCCAUGCUCUAAGUACAUCUUCCAACCCUGCCCGGAGAGAUGCUGUACUUCAGAACUGGCUAGAUAUCAAAAGGACGCUGCUGAUGAUCAAGUUUGCAGAGAAGUCCUUGGACAGGGACUGUGGAGUUAUCCUGGAAGACUGGCUUUGUUGUCAGUAUCUGGCUUUUGCCACUAUAGAAUCACUUCAUCGCAUUGUGAGAAUCAUGCAGCAGCACUAG